CUUGACAUCAAUAGGGUAGGCUAUUAUCAAACCAUGGCGGACGAGAAAGUAGAACUUCGAGAUGUGGACCGGCCAUUGACCGGAGAGGGCGGUAAGAAACCCCAGAAACCGCUGACCACUUUCGACAAAUUCAUCCAGCCCUGUCUCGGAGAAAUCAUCGGAACAACUUUCUUCGUUUUUAUCGGAUGCGUCUCCGUGAUCGAGAACGUGCCUGCUGCAGGGAGGGUGCAACCGGCGCUCGUGCAUGGCUUCGCUGUGGCAAUUAUGGUGGCGGUCAUGGAUAACAUCAGUGGCUCUCACUUCAACCCUCCUUUCACCAUUGCCAUCUACCUGUGUGGGGGCAUGCAGCUGGUCAUGGUCCUCCCAUACCUGGCCAGUCAGCUGGCCGGGGGGCUACUGGGAGCCGGAAUGGCCAAGAUUAUGGUACCUUCCGAGCGCUACAUGAACGCCACGGGAGCUGCGUUCGACAUUCUGAAGUCCGACGAGCAGCUGGUGGGAGCCAUCUGUGGGGAGAUCUUCAUGACCUGCCUGGUCACCAUGGUGGUCCUGCUGGCGGCCGUCAACAGCAAGACCAAGAGCCCCAUGGCCCCGUUCCUGGUGGGCUGCACCGUCAUCAUCAACAUCCUGGCAGGAGGUGACGUGUCUGGAACGUGUCUGAACCCGGCCAGGGCCUUUGGGCCCGCGGUGAUGGCGGGCUACUGGCAGUACCACUGGGUGUACUGGGUCGGCCCACUGACUGGCGGAGUGCUGGCGGCAGCUUUAGUCAGGCUGUUCCUUGGAGAUGACAAGAUUCGAGUCAUUAUGAAAUGAUACCCAUGACAAAAUACAUUCCAAAAAGCCUUUUGUACAGAUAUAGCUUUGAACAAUUCUACAAUUCGUAUUUGUCUUAGUGUUCGUUUUUGGUUCACCACUUUUUUUGUUGCCACAUUGUUGUGUGUGUCCAUCCUUGGAAAAGUUGUGUGUGUCCAUCCUUGGCAAUGUACCAGCUGUAGGUCAAACAUUCACCAGCUGGAGAGACAUGAAAUGCUCUAAUUUCAAGCAGAUACCUGCCAAACACUUGGUUACUCAUUUAAAUGAAGGGCACUGGAAACUGCUGAUAUGACUCUAUUGUCCUGCGACUGAGAUCGUUUAUUUUCUUAUCUCACAGAUAAUUAAAGCAGGUUAAUAGUCCAGUCGCCCAUCAUGUAGGCCUAUUCAGCAGAACAUGCACAGUAACAUUUGCAGUGUGGAUUCAACACUUGCAGAGUAUGACUAACACUGUUAGAGUUGUACUCGAGAGUGUACUGUAUGUGUUGAAUUAACACUCUACUAUUCACUAUGCGAGUGUUACCCAAAAGGGUUUCAGUUGAAAGCUGCAUGUGCCUUCUUCCUCCUCUCACAGUCCAGCUCUUUGAUAACAUGGCCUGGAUGAAUGAGGACCUUCAUAGACACAGAGCAGGAGUGCAUUUCUGGAAACCAUAGUUGCUAGCUUUGUUAGCUACUUUAUUGUUUGCGAUGCAAUUUUCCAUUGACAACUACCCAAGUUGCUAACUGCGAACAACUAUGCUUUCCAGAAUUUGAGACGCUGAAAUGAAAGUUUCAGCCAACCAUCACUCUUGGGUGUGUUGUGUUUCAUGUUUUAUGUAGCUCUGGGAUGAUAAUGAAAAUCAACAAUUGUUGUUCGCUUGGCAAUGGCAAUAUUUCAACAUUAAUUUAAUGUUUUCCCCAUAGCAGACUUUUGGUAAAAUGAUUGUACUCAGUAUGCUCAAAAUGAAUGCAAUUAAAGUACCAUCCUGUU